CUACAUCCUCCACCACCAACACCACCACUAUCAAAUGUAUUGUUAGACUCACAUAGACUCCUUACUGAACCUAAAGUUUGAUCCCAAGCUGCAAGCUACCUUCUCUGUUUCUCUUCAAAACUUAGAAAAUGAAAUUGGGUACAACGUUACUGCAGCUUUAUAAAAGAGCAACCUUCAGUUAUUGUUGUAAUAAUCGUUCAUUUCUGCAUCCACAUAUAAUUCUGAGAAAUUAUUAUGGUUCAAGAGGAGGUUAUAAUAGAGUAGUAGUUACACGACUUGAGAGUUUUGUAAUGGAUGAGUGUAAGUCUGGAAGGAUUAAAAAGCUUGAUGAUGCUUUGAAAUACUUUAAUCAACUCAUUUCGGAAAGACCAUUACCUUCUAAUGUUACAUUCUGUCAUGUUUUGGGAUCAUUAACAAAGAUUAAAUGCUAUUCAGAUGUGAUUAUGUUGUAUAAGAAGAUGAUUUUGGUUGGAGUAAACCCCAAUAUUUAUACAUUCAACAUUUUGAUUAAUUGCUUCUGUCGAUUAGGCCAACUGAAUCAUGGGUUUUGUUUGCUUGGAGAGAUGUUAAAGAGAGGUUAUCACCCUGAUUCCGUCACUAUCAAUACACUGAUUAAAGGGUUGUGUCUUCUAGAAAAGAUUGAUUUUGCAUUCAAUGUGUUCGACAGAAUGACAAAGACGGGUAUUCGACCUACUGCCAUUACGUGUAAUACUCUUAUAUCUGGGCUCUGUAGAACUGGUGAAGUGGGUUCUGCUCUUCGGCUAAAAAACAACAUGGUGAAAUGGAACUGCAUCCCAACUGUUGUUUCCUAUUGUGCCAUUAUAGAUACUCUUUGCAAAGGAGGUCGAAAACAAUUUCUUUUCUGCCACAAAUUCAUCACUCUUAUUUAUUUUCAUACUUAUUUGAAUUGGUGCCUAUGAUUUUUUCAGACCUUAUUGCAACACCUUAUCUCAUUCUAAACAAUCUGAAUUCUACUUUAGAGUGUUCACAACCAGUCACUAACGUCUCUUCUAAUAUUUGAAUCGCCUGCCCCGCAUUCGCGCAAUGUUUGGAUCAGAAACGACCAUGUAAGUUCACUAAGGUUGAUUUUAUGUAAUUUAAUGAGCAUAGCUACGUUGAAUAAGAUACAUUAAUAAGCUCGAUAGCACACUUAUGGGGAGGUGCACAAGUUUGGUAGGAAAUGGGACAAUUAACCUGGACCCGUGCAACGCACGGGCAUAAGACUAGUUAAAUAUAAA